GGCACUAUCACUAAUUGUUUAUUAUUUAUUUAAUACAAAUAGUUUGAAUAUUGAUUUCUUAAGGGCGCUCCACAUUCUCAAGAGACAUUCACGCGAGAAUCUCCGGAGAUUCUCUGCGAGAACUGUAGCGAGAACUUCUUUGGGUACACACUCUCACAAAGUUCUUAAAUAGUUCUCGCGUUCGAUGACGAUGGACGCAGAAGUAACCGCUGCGACAAGUUUAUUGUUAUGCGCAUUCGCAUAUUAUAAUUAUGCGUAUGCGAAAGAGAAAAAAGUUAUUAAAAAGAAGUGGCGAAAAAGAAGAUGGUGGAUGACAAGUAUUCAUCGUAAUAGAACAAGCCUAACUAUGGAUCAGCAGUUACAUGAAUUAGUGGCCGAACCAUCAAAUGAAUUUAAAAAGUUUACUCGAAUGUCUUCGGUGGAUUUUGAAUAUUUAUUGAAUAAAGUGUCAACACAGAUUCCUAAGCAAAAUACUCAAUUAAGGGAAUCCAUUCCAGCUCGGACACGUCUUGCAGUAACAUUACGAUACUUGGCCACAGGAGAUGACUACCAAAGUCUUCAUUUUUUAUUUAAAAUAUCCCCACAAGUUAUUUCGCAGAUAAUAACAGAAGUUUGUCAAGCCCUAAAUGAAGCAUUAAAGGAAAAUAUAAAGCUACCAUCGUGAGAAUGGCUACAAACCGAAAAAGACUUUGCAUUGAAAUUCCCGCGUGCUGUGGGAUCAAUAGAUGGCAAACAUAUUGUUUUAGAAUGUCCCAUAAAUUCCGGAUCGGAAUAUUAUAAAUAUAAAAGAACAUUCAGUAUAGUUUUGAUGGCGUUGGUUGAUAGUCACUACAAUUUUAUUUUCGCAGACAUAGGCUGUCAAGGCAGAAUUAGUCAUCGACGUGCCAUAAAUUUUUUUGGGAGACGGCGCUUUUGCCCUUUCGGAAAACAUUAUGAAACCCUAUUCUGGAAAUCACAACUUGGGAUCCCAAAACGAAAGUUUAAUCAGAUUUUGUCUGGAGCACGGGUAGUAGUUGAAAAUACUUUCGGCAUUUUGGUAACAAAAUUUAGAAUUUUCAAGAAACCAAUAAAUUUACAACCCGAAAAAGCCGCCUUGAUAACGUUGACAUGCAUACUCUUACACAAUUUCUUGAGACGAAGCACUACAUCAUCACACAUCUAUACACCUUCCGGAACUAUAGAUACUUAUGACAAUAAUAAUUUAUUAAUAGAGCCCGGCUCUUGGAGAGGAGAAAUGGAGAGCACCUGUGCUAUUCGAAAUCCGCGACAUAUUCCACGGCGAGCGGCUCAUCACGCAACAGAAAUAAGAGAUGAAUUCGCUAAAUAUUUCAGUAGAUAGGUUAUGUACUGGUUGUCAAUAGACAUAAGUUGAUUGUACUAACUAAUAAAGGAAAACUUGCUGUAUCGUCGAAUAAGGCGUUUUUGUACUUUCCUAUAUCUAAUAAUAAUUAUAAGUAA